UCAUCAGCACGGUAACCACGGCAACCAGGAAACACUUCAGCACUCUGCUGUCCCUGCUGGGAGCCCUGCUGAGGAAGGAGCAGCUCUACACUGAGGCCAGGAAGCUGUUGUUGACGUGGUCUCUAGAGAUGUGCCUGAUGAUGAAGAGGUCUGAUACCUACACCCCUCUCUUCUCCCUGCCCUCCUUCCACAAGUUCUGCAAGGGUCUGCUCCACAACGCCCUGAAUGAGGACCCAGUCAUCUGCCUCCAGACCUGCAACAGCCUUCAGGUCAUCUCCUCCUCACUCAACACAGAGCUGCUGCAGAGGUGUGUGGAUGUUUGUCGUGUCCAGCUUGUGCACUCUGCGGUGAGGGUGAGGCAGGCGUACGGCAAGCUGCUGAGGACAAUCCCUCUGGACGUGACGCUCAGUAACCACAGCCACCCAGAGAUAGAGGAGAUCUCCCUGGUGGUCCGUCGCCACAUGAGCCGCACCCCCAGCAGCACCUUUCACCCCCAGGACUUCAGUGACCUCAUCAGCUUCAUCCUCUAUGGCAGCCAGCACCGCGGAGGUAAAGAACCGUGGCUGGAGCGUCUGUACCACAGCUGUCAGCGUCUGGAGAAGCGUGAUGGUGUCUCCGGUGCGGCUGGCGGUGUGUGUGUACCGCGGGGUCUGCUGAAGACUGAGGCGGUGCUGUGGCAGUGGGCGGUGUGGGAGGCAGCUCAGUUCACAGUGUUGUCUAAACUCCGUACCCCGCUGGGACGGGCACAGGACACCUUCCAGACCAUAGAGGGUAUGAUCCGCAGCCUGGCGGCCCACAGUCUGAACACUGAACAGGAGCUCAGCCAAUGGAGCGCCGCGACACGGAUGACGGUUACCAUAGCAACCAGCUGCGUCUGGCGCUGCUCUUGCAGUUCCUGGAAAACCUGGAGAAACUGAUGUACAACGCCUACGAGGGCUGUGCCAACGCUCUGACCGCACCGCCCAAGGGUAUCAGAACAUUCUUCUAUACCAACCGUCAGACCUGCCAGGAUUGGCUGACUCGCAUCCGCCUGGCCCUGAUGAGGGUGGGGCUUCUGUCCGGCCAACCAGCAGUCACCGUCCGCCAUGGCUUGGACCUGCUCACUGAGAUCCAGAACAGCAGCACUCUGGUAACGGGCGGAGAGACACACAGUCCCAGGCCUGUGUCCUAAACCAUACCC